AUGGUCAACAAAGAUGGAGUCUAUGUCGAUUAUAAUGUACUAUUCAAUCAUUCUAAUUAGAUUAAAUUUUUGUUUUAUUUGGGUGGCAACCAACUUGGGGAUUGUCUAAUCAAUUUAGCAUACUUUCUCAAUGGUGAAAUAGAUUAGGAUCAAAAAGUCAAAAAGCCAUUAACCUCUACAACUGACAAACGAGCUGCCCUCUUGUUUCGAGUCAUCAGAGCACCCUGGCAAUCAUAAUUUGAAACUUAAGAAUAUCCUCAAGCCAAUGUACCAAUGCCUGCACCUACACAUACUCCAAUAUCUCAGUAGAUCCCAUAGACUACUAGAAAUUCUAGUAGUCGUAAAAUGGAAUUUCCAACUAGAACAACCAGAGCCAGGAGUUAGUCUCCUCCAAAAGAAAUCAAGAGUGCUGUUCUCGUUAACAAAACAGAAGAAUAACCUAAUGCGUCCAUUAAACAACCAGCCGAUAAUCUCACUUAAAAAUUCUUAUAACUUGGCGAAAAGUUUUCAUAAGAAAAACUGUAACAAGUUGUUCCUCCUAAUGAAGAAAAUGAUAAUUUCAGAGAAAUCACUGAAAUGCUUACUCAAUAAGAAGAAGAGUUGUAGAAGUAGAUUGAGCAAUUAGAUAAUCAUAUUAAAAUCGAUUCUAAGCUUAGAAAAACAUAAUUCGAUAAUACAGCCUGUUUUGCUAAUAAUAAUAAUAAUAUUAAUACCCAAGAACUCGAAUAGUUGAAAUCGAAGUAUGCUGAAUUAGAAGAGAAAUACAAUAAAGCCUAAGAUGAACAUUAACAUUUAAAGAGAAUCAUCAGAUAAAGUGGAGAGCAGUUGAAGAAACAAAGUUAACUUACAUAAUCUGGAUAUAAAUAAAUAUCUGACAAUGCUCUGAAUCAAUCUACAGUAUCAAAUUAAGAAUAAUUUGAAAGAACUAUUGAAAAGAAAAAUCAGAUUAUAAAAGAUUUAUCAAAUUAAAUAUUAGAAUUAGAAAAAAAUACUAAGGCUACUUUUAUUGAAUAAUUGCGAAACCAAAUUACUAGAUUAGAAUAAUAAACAUUAGAAAAAUAAGAUUAAUGGUAGAUUUAAGAAAAAAUCUACAAAGAGAAGAUUUUUUAGUUGUUAUAAAAUACGGAAUGA